ACCAUUCUGGACUGUGUGCGGCGUUCGUUGGGAAUUUGGUAUUGGGUGGCUUGUGGAAGCAUGUACAGUACAGUACAGUACAGUUAGGUUAGUUUACAAAGAACUCUCGUCGCGGUUGGAUGUGUUUGCGUUCGAGCGGUGUGCCCGUAAGUGAAAGAGGUGAAAGUACCCACGAUUGUGCAUUCUUUGCCACCUUGAGCCCAAAGUAAAGUGGUUCUGGCGUUGCAUCUAUCUUCGAUUUAAAAGUGAAGUGGUUUUGUUUUAAAAGGAAGUGAAAUCACAUAUCGUAUCCGGUGGUGCAGUAAAUCUUGUGCUACGACGUCGAGCGAAGUUCUAUCUAGCGUUCUGAGUUAGGUAUCCAUCUAUUGUAUGCUUGAAGUGCAUUACUAAAUCUGAGUGAGUGUAAUUAUUAGUUUCAAAGUGCCGCGCACCUUUGUUCAGAUUUCGUUGUUGUGAAAGCGCUCCAAGUCUUUUGUGUCUGUAUCGGAAUCGUGUCUGACGUGGAGGAAGAUAACUAUAAUACAUAGAAGCAGACGAGACGAAAUCUGGAAUAAAUAGGAUUUUUUUUCUCCCAUCGCAACUUGGAUUAAACUCGAUUUGUUUGAGACCCGGCUAUCUUGCACUUGUUGUCAGGAUUCCUCGUUCCGUGCUGUUCGAGCCAGACAAACGAUUUGGAGCGACUAUAAACGAAAGUUGCCGCAUCACAAACCCAUCAUAAACGCUGCAGUACCGAGCCCAACCCACCAAAAUGCCGUCGGUCGGAGUAGCUUGCGUUAGAUAUCUGGUGUUUUUCUUCAAUUUCCUGUUUGCGAUCACCGGAUUGGUCGUUGUAGUGACCGGAGCUAUCAUCCAGUCAUCGUAUCAUCAUUAUUCAAACUUUCUUGGCGAAAGCUUCUGGACCGCACCUAUAGUGCUAAUCGUGAUUGGAUCUGUCAUAUUCGUCGUAGCCUGCUUCGGAUGUUGUGGAGCAGCGAAGGAAAGUCCCUGUAUGAUUAUCACGUUCUCCGUCUUUCUGGGAUUGGUAUUCCUGGCUGAGAUUGGAAUUGGUGUAGCCGGAUACUACAAGCACGAAGAGCUGAGCGGAAUCCUAGAGAAGGGCUUCAACGAAACGCUCGACAACUACUCCAACAGCCUGCCGGCCCAGGAAGCCUGGAAUCUGGUCCAAUCGGAGAUGAAGUGCUGCGGUGUAAAUGGACCAGAAGAUUGGGAACCCAUCUUCAAGAACGAUACCGUACCAAAGUCCUGCUGCCACGAGCUACCGAUGGGGGUCAACAAGUGCACUCGGAAGUAUGCAGACCAUGAAGGUUGUUUCCCGAAGCUGUCGGCGUUCCUGGGUUCUAAGUCGUUGAUUCUGGCUGGAAUCGGGAUCGGAUUGGCUGCUGUCCAACUUGUGGCAGUCCUGUUGGCUUGUUGUCUCUACGGAUCCUUCCGGCGACAGUACGAGACUGUUUAAAUCGGUACACCGAUUGAACGAAAGUUGCAUCGAAUUUUCGUCAGGUAGUGUGAGAGAACAACUUUAUAGGGAAUACUAUAGACUAUUCCAAAAAUGAGUUUUUAAAGCAGAAAUCAAAGAAAAUCAUAUACAAAACCAUUAUUUGUAUAAUCCGGCAAAGCGAAAAAAAUAUCGAGUUCGUAGCAAAACGACUGCGAAUAUUUCAAACUACCUAAAAAGCAUUGGAGAAAGAAGAUUUAAUGAAAUCUUUUAUUUUUUGUUACACUGCAGACAAAAUGAAAGUUCAGAUAUUAUAAUCAAAAAAAAGACACACACACAUACCAAGCACCCAUAUAUAAGUCGGGUUGGUUUUUAACUGAAAUUGAAAUCGAAAUAAAUAGUAGUACAGCUACUGCCAAUCAAUAUUUUUCACAUCAGGAUUAUCAUCUGCACCCAGCUACCCAGGGACCUUCCUAUUCCGACAAGUUUUUUCAAUAAAAUUCAAAUCAGUUUAAGCAAGUAAAUCUACCACUCAUAACCACUCUCCCCACGCUUUAUAGCACAGUUCAUUAUUAAAGUGGGGUAAACCCAGAGAUGAUCAAAGACCAACGUCAUUUAAACUGAUUCGCAAUGUUAUACACCGAAAAAAGUGGGGAUGAUUUGCCAGCACAUUCAAGAGUGUCAGCCGCACCCACACACAAUAAUAUUCGUAGUUUGUAGAUAAGACGUGCAAAAUGUAAAAAAAAUCCGUCAAAAAUUUGUUGAAAUAUAAAAUGUAUUGAAAUAUGUAAGAGGAAAUUUCCUCCAGAAAAAGUAAAAUCUUUUUAGAUUGCCAAGUGAAACGAUAGAACCAAACUCAAUGGAGUUCGAGAUAAAUACCAACGUUUACCGUGCAUUUUUAGGUGUAACCGAAGUGACCCCAUCCGCAUUAUUGCUCUUUGUAAGUACACGCACCUAGAGGCUUUAAGCCAGCUUUUAGAUUGGCCCAGUUCUCUCACCGCCCAGAGUAUGGAAGCUUUUGUGUUAAGGUGGAAUCUCAAUUUGUGAAAUUGUUCUACAGUUUUCUGCAAGCUAUAUGAUUAUUCUAAAUUUAGUUGAAAAAUAUCGAUCUAUUCCGUCAAAAUAUAAUUUCUUAAGUGAGCAUCGCUUAAAAUUCCAUCCAAUACUACGGGCAACACAUUCCACUGUAAAGCGAUUUUGAUUACAUACAUAUGUCCAGUAGACACCUAAGGAAUGAUCAGAACAAUAAAAUUUCAAAGCAACAAAAAACAGUUCUAGUUUGCUCCGUAGAUAAUUUAGAUGUAAACACUAUCGAUGUAUUCGCAUUUCAUGAAACCAGAACAGGAACAAACCCUCAACAGGUCUUGCUCAAUCCUAUCAUGUCCGCAGACGCAUACCGGCGGCUAUUACCAACGAUGGAUGGCCACCACAAACCAGAGAAUCAAAAUGGACCCAACACACUUCAAUUUAUUGAAAGUUUGACAAACAAAAUAAUCGAAAGUAAAUUCUAGUUAUAUAGAAAUCUACUAGCGAUACCCCUUACAUAUAAUACAUACAACAAUACAAAUCUAUUUUUCUCAUAUAGGCCGACAGUUAAUUGCGCAGAUUAAAAAUGUUAUGGCUGCUUAUAUGGAAAAGAGACGCAAAGGGCAAAACAAGCAAAUGUCGUAUUGAUAUUUUUAUAAAUGUAUUUUAGCAUUUAGGUCUUGAAUAAAGAUUGGCUUAAAUCA